AUGGCGUGGGUGACAGUUGCCGCAUACAAAAAAACUGUUUUGGGUAGUCAGGCCAGGGAGCAUGUUGUUCGCCUCCAAGACUACUUUGAAAGAGAACUACAAAAGAAUGGAUCUUUGUUACCAUUGAAUCGAAUUGUGGAACAAAUAGUUGUAGCUCUUGAUAUUGACCGCAGUACUGUUUCGCGUAUAACACGUGAGAAAAUUAGCCAAGAAGGGAUGUCUGAAAAUAUUUUAUUAACACCCAACAAAAAACGGACCAAGGUGAAGCCAAUCACAGAUUUAGAUGAUUUUGCUAAGGAUACUAUUAGAAAUCAUAUUUAUGAUUAUUAUAAAGGAAUGGAGCUGCCUACAUUGCUCAAGCUUCUAAAAUCAUUGAAAGGAGCUGACUUGUUCAAGGGAGGUAUUACCUCGUUACCGGAAGUUAUAAAAGAUAUUGAUUUUAUUUACAAAAAGUGUUGGAGCAAAGUUAUCUUUUUGGAUGAAACAUGGUUAAACGCUAACCACACAGUGGGUAAAAGUUGGACCGACGAUACGGCAAAAUCGUGUACCAAAGUGUAAAGCAAAGGCGAACGCCUUAUUAUUAUUAUUUAUUAUUAUUUGUCACGCUGGUACAGCAAGUGGAUUCGUACCCAGUUGUUUGCUGGCUUUUAAAAAAAAUU